AUGUCUGAAACAAAAACAAUAUCUACUUUAAAGAAAUUUGAUAUCUUUGCUCUUCCUUUUUAGUUCACAUUUGGCAAUAACGAAAAAGAAAAAAAAACAAUUAUAGGAGGUCUAAUUUCGAUGGCCAUUUUAAUCGUUUCUUCUAUCUAUUUUGGGUAUCUUUGCUAUCUGUACUUUUAAAAUAAGGUUUAGCCCCAAGUAGUUUCUUCUAAUAUCUUUUAAAAAAGCCCAUAUACUAUGCAAUUCCAACAAAAUUUUAUAUCUGUUUAAGUUAUAAUGCCAAAUGGUUAAAAUCUUUAUGAUUAUUAAUAGCAAACAGGAAAAGUAUACUUAAAUAUAAUCUCUAUCAAUUUUAAAAGUGGAGUAAAUUUUAAAUUUACACCUUAUCCUCUAAUUCCAUGCAGAGAUGAAAGUCUGUAAGGCUAUUUAUGCUUAGAUUCUAGCAAGGUUGGAGAUAGUGAUAAUUUAUUUUCUCUGACAUAUAAUCCAGAUAAUAUAGAAGAAAACUAAUUUAGUAUUAUGUUUGGUAUUUGCGAUCCUAAUUUUAUAUAAAGUCCUUAUACUUGUGAAGAUGAAUAAGUAACAAAACAAUUGGAAGAUAGAAUAAUAAAAGAGAUAUUUUACUUUGAUAUUUAUUUAGGUUUUUAUACAAAAUUCCACCUUUAAAAAACAGAUUUAACUUAGCAACAAGGAUUCAUAAUAUAAAACUCUGAUUAUGAUACUUAUUUUUCUGGUUUUGCUAGAAGAGACAUAUUUUCUUCAUAAUAAUUAAUUAAAAGUUAGUUAUAGAUGAAUGUUUUGGGCGCUUUGGAAUUUUUUUUAGGCUCUGAGAGUAUAAGUUUAAACAUUUAAUUUCCUUAGUUUACAUCUCUUUUGGCUUAAUUUACUAGUGUAUUUAAUUCUUUAUUGUUCUUAGGAAUUAUAAGCAAGUUCUUUGCUGAAUCAGAAAUUUUCAGCUAAGUUGCAGAAAUGUAACUCAAAAUAUAUUUCAAAAAAUCAGCUCUAUUUAUUUUGAAAUAAAUUGGCUAAGGAGAAAAUAUUUAGAGAGAUUAGAAACAAGGUUUAGAGAAGCUUUUGAGUUACAUAAAGAAUGCAGACUUUAAAAAUUUAGGAAAAAAGAUGAAGAUCAGCUUUUUUAGAAAAAUUAUGUAUGUAUUCAUGGGUAAUAUUAAAAAUGAGAAAAAAGAAACAAUUUAAGAAAAACUGUUUAAGCAAAUAGUCAGCCAAUCUAAUAAAGCUUUGAACAUAUUUGAAAUAUAAAAAGAGCUGUUGCAAAUGAAGAUCAUGAUGAGACUAAUUUUAUCAGUUGAAUAGUAUGCUGCAAUUUAAUUAUGUGGAAGCAAACUUCCAAUAUGUAACGAUAAACAAAAGGAAUAAGAUUAAGAAGUAAUUGAAGAAAGUUAAAUAUCAAAUUAAAUAGUAAGUGUAGAUUAAAAAUUAGAAAAGAGUAAUGAAAUUAAGGAAGAUAAAUAGAACUUUGAAGACAGAACCUAAAACAAUAUUUUAUCAUUUAGUAGAGAAAAAUAAGAAUCAGUUAGAAAAUUUAAUGGUACUGUUUAUCCAAUAAGCAUUGAAUAGUAGAUAUUUGAUAAAAGAAAGACUGAAAAAAAUACAAAAUUAAUUAGUCACUUAGAAAAAAUUGAUAUGAUUGAAAGAGAUGAAGGGUUUUUCAAAGAUUGCUUAGACAAAUUUUUACAAAACAAAUCAAAACCUCAAUCUGAAAUUGACUAAAGAAUUCUAGAAUGUAUGAUUGGGUUAGAUGAUCCAAAUUGUAUGCCUGAUUCUUUAGCAGUAUAAUCGCUUAAAAAAAUAGAUAUAUUUGCUCUCCCUUUUUAGUUUUCUUUUGGAAAUAACGAAAAAGAAAAGAAAACAAUUGCUGGAGGACUAAUUUCAAUCAGUGUUUUAGUAGUUUCUCUAAUAUAUUUCAUAUAUCUAUGUUACUUGUAUUUCUAAAAUAAAAUUUAACCACAAGUAGUAUAAACUAAUGUAUUUUAGUAAGAUCCAUUUAGCAUUUCAUUCUAAUAAGACUUUAUAUCAGUUCAAAUUAUUAUGCCGAAUGGAUAGAGUCUCUAUGAUUACCAAAAGAGUACAGGUAAAAUUUACUUAAAUGUUAUCUCAAAUCAUUUUAAAAAUGGAACAGAACUUAAAUUUAAUACUUUUCCUUUAGUCCCUUGCUUAGACUCCUAAUUAUAAGGCUAUAUGUGCUUUGAUUAAAGUAAAUUCGGUAAUAGUAAUGGCGAUUUUGAAUUUCUUUAUAAUCCUAAUAAUAUUGAAUAAAGCAAAUUUAAUAUAUUUUUUGCAAUAUGUGACUAAUCAACUACUCCAAGUCCUUAUAUUUGUGAAAAUGAAUAAAUUAUAAGAGACACUGUUUUAACAUAUUCCACUUAAAUAAAUCUUAGGAUUAGUCUCUCUCAAUAUAAUACUUAGACUAAAUAGUUAGAGAAAAGAAUCAUGUAAGAGCCAGCUUAUUUCGAUACUAAUAUGGGUUUUUAUUUCAAGAUUGCUCUUUAAAAAACUAAUUUGGUUAAAUAAGAAGGAUUAAUUAUUCAGAGUUCUGAAUACAAAACUUAUUUUUCUGGAUACACUAGAAAGGAUUUUUUUGCAACUUAGUCGCUUGUUGAAAACUAGUUAUAAAUGAAAGCAAUAGGGAUAUUUGAAAUUUUUAUUGGUUCAGAAGGCUAAAAUCUAUAUGUUUAAUAUCCAUAGUUUACUUUCUUAUUAGCUUAGUUUACAAGCGUAUUUAAUUCAUUGCUUUUUAUUGGUAUAUUCAGCAAGUUCUUUGCAGAAACAGAAAUUUUUUGCAUAGUUGCUGACAUUCAACUUAAAUUUUACUUUAAAAAAUCAGCCUUAUUUAUACUAAAAUAACUUGGCAAAGAGAAUGAAAUUAAAAUAGCAUAGGAGUAAGGAUUAGAUAAACUAAGUGAUUACAUUAAAAAAGCUGAUUUCAAAAAUUUUGGUUAAAAAAUGAAAAUAAGUCUAUUUAGAAAAAUCUUGUAUUUAUUCAUAGGAGAGGACAAUAAGAAAGAUAAAGAAACAAUUUAGCAUAAAUUAUUUAAGUAGAUUGUAAGUUAAUCAAAAAAAGCUAUUAACAUAUUUGAAAUUCAAAAAGAAUUAUUAUAGCUGAAAAUAAUGAUGAGGCUUUUAUUAUCUGCUGAACAAUAUGCUGCUAUAUAAUUGUGUGGAAGUAGUUUACCGUUAUUUUAGGACUAAUAAGAUGUGUAAGUUUUAUAAGAAAAAGACAUUUAAAAGGAAGAUAAUAGUUAAAAAGUAGUAGUAGAAGAAGAAGAAGAUAAUAUUUUUGAGAUAAAAGAAGAAAAAUAGACACUUGGUAAAAGUUAGAAUAAUAUUUUAUCUUUUACGAUGGAAAAAUAGGACUCAGCUAAAAAAGGUUCUUCUUCUGUUUAUCCAAUUUAGAUUAAUUAAAUAGAAAAGCAAGUUUCAGAAUCAAGCUAAAAAAAGUUAAAAAAAAAUAUUUUAAGUCAUUUGGAAAAAUUAGAUUUGAUAGACAGAAAUGAAGAAUACUUUAAAAAGUUUUUAGAAAGAUUUUUAGAGAGUAAAAACUAAAAAAAAUCAAAAGUAGAUAAGAGAAUUAUUGAAUGCAUGAUUGGUUUAAAUGGAGUAUAUUGUAAUGAAAACAGCAUUGAAAAAGAUAUGUAAAAAGUCAUUAAGAAUGAAUGA